CCUUCCUCGCCGAGCUCGAAGCCGAGGAAGCCGACAAAAGGCAAGAGGAAUCAACCCGUCGACCGGCCCAUGGUCUUCCGCGCCGACGACAAGUGGACCGUGGAGUACGAGCUGAGCGAGUUGCAGGGCAAGCAGGUGAGCAGGCUUUACAAUGCCUGCCAGACACGUCGGGAGAAGGCCCUGUCAGGCCGCGGGGAGGACGAGGCGGACGCGGCCUCUAACGUCUAUAUCCGACGACUGCGCGAUCUGGCCAUGAAGGGGCGUGCCUACCGCGCCAAGCAGGAUGAUUUUGACAGCAAGCAUGGCACGGUUGUCCUGGAUGAGGAUGUAUAA